UCUGUCAUAUGCCAUUUCAUUAAUGAUUUUGUCACACUGAAUUCUUGUGACUCAAAAAUAAAAAAUAACUUUGCGUCAUCAAAAUUAUUCGUGAAACGUUAUCAAAUGUCUGGGAAACGAAUAUCCGGUUUAUUCGGUGGCGAACCUCAAUUCUCUAAAAGAAACCACUUUUUGUCACUAGGAUUCUAUGCUAGAAACCCUUGCACGAUUCCAAUAGUUAUGCUGGCUAUUGCCGAUAUGUGCUGGGUAACAUUUUGCACUGUGCAAGGAUUCAUCAGAACAGACAUCAUUUUGACCAGAAAGAGCAGGCAGCAGGGAGAGAUGACGGAACUUCUACUUAAUCCUGUAAACCGGAAGGUCACAAAUACAUCCCAGGAUUGGUAGAUUUCAAAAAACCUCAUAAAAACAGGUCUGAUGGACAGAGAUCGGAUGAUCUAGCGGGCCAUACCAAUGUUACCCUCCUUCCUAUCAACUGAUCUGGAAAGGUUCUAUUGAAACCAGAUUCUGCAGUCUAGAGGAUUGGAUGUUUGAUUAUUAGAAAAACGUUAUAUAAAAUUAUGAAUUAUUGUAUAUUCAUUUGUAGGUAAUACAGAUAAAAUGCCUCCGUA